UGCAAUGUGAGUGAGUGGCAAAAACAAUAAACUUAAAAACAUACCAAAGUGAAGAAUAGUGAAAGAAAAAGUGCUUUGAAAAAAACAUAAACAAAUCUAUUUCUAAACAAAAAUAAUCUUAAAAAAAAACUAAUAAUAUGUGUGAUAAAGCGAAUGAUUGUUGCAAUCAAUUAGAGGCAGAGGCUUUACACAACAAUGAACAGUUAUUAAACUUAAAGAUACGCAGUAAAAAUAUUCAGUGGCAUGAAUAUGUUAUGCCUCUCAAAUCCCGCUCACGACCAGUAUUUUUACAGAGACAAUUUAAUUUUAUCAGUAAUUACCGAGAACCUAUUGGCGAUCAUAAUCGAAGAAAAGUUUUGGUUUGUCAUGAUAUGAUGGGAAAUUAUUUGGAAGACAGACACUAUCAUUCCUCAAAAAAAUAUGACGAUUAUCGUUUUUAUCACUGGCCCGGCAUUGAUUAUUUCUGUUAUUUUAGCCACAAUUAUGUUACAAUACCACCAUGUGGUUGGAUAAAUGCUGCCCACAAACAUGGUGUAGCUGUUUUAGGUACUUUUAUUACUGAGGGCGAAAAAGGUUCUAAGCUUUUACACGAAGUUUUAGAAUCAACUGAAAUGGUGAACAAUACUGUCGAUGCUUUGGUUAGAUUAUGCAGACACUAUCAUUUCGAUGGUUGGCUAAUCAAUAUCGAAUGUAAAGUGAGUCCAGAAUGUGUUUCGAAUUUAUUAUAUUUUGUGGAUAGACUACGUGAAAUUGUUGAACAAGAAAUAGAUUCUGGGUCAGUCAUUUGGUAUGACAGUGUCAUCGAAGGAGGUCAAUUAUCGUGGCAGAAUGAGAUCAAUGACAAAAAUGUGCGUUUCUUUAAGGCGGCCAAUGGUGCGCUCGUCAACUAUUCGUGGAAUGACCGUAGUCUUCAAGUCACACGUACGGUUUGUGAACAAGAACGUGAGCCCUUCGAAAAUGUAUUUUUUGGCAUAGAUAUUUUUGGUCGCGGGCAAACUGCCAAAUUUCAAAGUAAACAAACAUUGGCACGCAUUGUUAAGCAUCGUUUCUCUACGGGAAUUUUUGCACCAGGCUGGACGUAUGAAACCUUGCAACAGUAUGGUUAUAAUAUCAAAAAACCUUUAGGUGAUGACCAGGCGAAUGAGGCGUUUCUAAUGAGAAAUGAAAAGUUUUGGUGGUUAUUAUGGGAACAUUUGGCCACUCAUCCGUACAUAACAAUGCCCUUCUAUUCGGACUUUUGUUUGGGUUCAGGAAAAAAAACCUACGUGAGUGGUUUGCCAAAAACAACAAGCACAGCAACACCCACAACAGCAGCAACAGCAGCUUUAUUGCCCUCUACCUCCACAGCUGCGGAGCAAACAACUACAACAGAUAACACUGAGGGCAGAUUUUUCAAUUUGUCACGUCAAUCACUGCAACCUUCGGUGCCCUUACAUGAUUUAGCCACACGCUAUUAUGAUGAUGCCUUCAAUGGUGGCUCUUGUCUGCGUAUUUUACAAUACGACAGCAGUUUUCGUAUUUUCUCUUCCGACUUUAAAAUGCUGCGUGGUGGUUUGGUAUUUGCCUAUGCCUUCAAACUUAAUCCCAAAGAUGGAGAAUUUGAUUGCAUUUUACGUUUUUGCACCGGCAAUAAUAGCAGAGAUUGUUACUUGUUCCUAGGAGAUUACUAUGAUACGGUCAGUUUGCAACGUGGUCGCUGCUAUGUAUCACCCUUCAAACCUAAAUACAAUGAAUUGUUAAGUGGCCCCCUAGAAUGUCCACAAAUACCCAAAGAUAUGGCAUUCAAAGAUUUUCAAGCCAAUGGCUGGCAGGUACGCUAUUAUGUGGUGGAGUUUGAUGGUGCCAUACAAGUUAAAGAUAUUGGUUGUCUAUAUCGUAAGUCAGCUGAGGCAGAAGAUACUGCCUAUUUGGGUGCUGUUUAUAUAAAUGAAUUCGAUGUGAAUCAACAUGAUUUUCCUGCCGAUAGUAAUAUCGCUUUAAUACAAGUUUAUGGUGGAGAUUUAUUAAAUUAAGUAGAGGGCGAGAAAUUUGUGAAUAAAUAAGGUAGAUGACAGUAAUGGGCAACUAGUUUUUACUAAAAGUAUUAGAAAAUUUCAAAAUUUAGUUUAAUUAUAUAUUUGUAAAGAGCUCUUCCUUCCCGGUUCAAAGUUUGUAAUGAAGCCUUUUAGGUUUUUUUAAUUCUUUAAAAUUUGCAACAUUCCCUACAGAGUUUUUGCCACAAUUAAUCUAGUAUUUAAGCUUAAGCAUUCAUACUUUUUUUUUAAUUUCAAAGCAUUUUUUUCUUUCACUAUAACACUGGACAAUUUAAAUUUUAUAAAAUAAGUUAACAAUUAUAAACAAUAUAUUAAAAAUACUACAAAAAGACGUAUUACCAAAUAAAAACAUUAAUAAUUUAAGAUUUUAGUAUAAUUUUUAAUCUUUAUUAGUAUUUUUAUAUAAAAAUUAUAUAUAAAUAUAUUUCCACUCAAAUGCCCUUAUUGUAAUACUGUCGUCAUCUGUUAAAAAAUUUCAGCACAAAAUAAAUAAAUUGUAAAUUAGACCGGUUGGACUUUCUUACAAAAAGCAAUAACGUUUUAAAUUUAUGUCCUUGAAAUGGAGUUUGUUUUAUUGCAAGUUUCUCAAAGUUUGAAAACAAUAUUUUACAUUUUCUUAAAUUUAUAAUAAUAAUAAUUUAAAAAAGGUCCUUAGAACAGAAAAAUUCGUUAUUGUGCUAAGUCCAGUCAAAUUUCAUAUUAAAAUUAAAAUAUUUCUUUUGUGAAAAAAAUUUUAAAACAUCAAAAUUUGUAAUUUUUUAUAAAUCAAAAAAGAACCUUUUUCUGUGACCAUCUAGCUUACAUAACCUAAAAUUAUUAAAUAAACACUUUGAGAAUUAUAACCUAAAAAAUUUAACAAAUUUCAUUUUGAUGUUUGAAACUGAAGACUCAAUUUAUUCUCUUCCGGAUAUAAACGGAAUUUUUUUUUUCAAACUAUUUUGAAAAUUCAUAAAAAAGUAUGAAUUCAUUUUUUUUUAUUUUAAAAAUAAUUUUAAUUAUU